CUGAUGUGUUUUCUUAAAUAGCUUUAGUAAUGGUAUUCCAGACACCCAAGACUUUAUAAAGGCGAGGGACAAAGCCCAACUUUUCAUAGUUUGGAAGGUGGCAUGGCGAGACGAGAUUGCUGUAACAUAUUCUUGGUUUUGCUUUUCGCUCGUUAUGUUUACAGUAACAAAUGUCCUCAAGACAAAUGGGGAGAAUUGUGCAACAGCAAAUGCGGCAAUUGUAUGAAACCUCCAUGCGAUAAAACAACAGGACACUGUAUUGGAGGAUGCAGUGGUCCAUGGCUCCCACCGCAUUGUACACAAGAAUGUAAAAGUGGUUCAUAUGGUGUGAACUGUUCAGAGACAUGUGGACAUUGUAAAGAAGGAUCAUUAUGUGAUAUAAGAACGGGUCAGUGUCAGCAAGAAUGUGAACCUGGAUGGCAAGGCAAUCGUUGUGACAAAGAAUGUUCUGCCCAACGUUUCGGUAAUGAGUGCAUUCAACGAUGCUACUGUUACAAUGGGGUAGAUUGUAGUAAGGGUUCAGGAGAAUGUCCAGGUGAUUGUUCCCCAGGAUAUCACGGCAAACACUGCGAUAAAGAAUGUGCUACAGGGUACUAUGGACAAGAUUGUUCAUACAGAUGUGGAAUGUGCAGUAAAAAUGAAACAUGCAAUGCCGAAACCGGAACGUGUUACAAUGGUUGUAUGACAGGCUAUACAGAGCCCUAUUGCAAGAGUAAACAUGAAGCGACAAGUGUUUCGCCUCACAACCUACCCCAUUUCCUUUCCUGGAUAUUGAUUCCAACGAUGGCUUUAAUUCAGCUGUGGGACAUAAUCGCCAGUUUUCACUGAAGUAAAGUUUCAGUUAAAGGGAGACAAUCGUCAAUAAAGUUAAAUUGAAACAUGUAGCUGUCAUUCUUGAAGAAUAACAACAGUUAAGAUACGAAUUGUCAUUUAUCUGAAAUGUUAAAUCAAAUGAAAAGAAAUGACAAAAACAAGAAGAAAAUGCUCUCAAAUAUGAAAGUAUUAUCGGACAAUUACCCAAGAUUUUUACAAAAUAUUUCAGUUACACUGGGAUCUUUUAUUAUACAUGUAUAUGUACUCGGGAUUUAGCAAUUUUUAAAGUAAAAUGGAAAUAUUUCAUUAUUUAAAUAUACUAAUUGUUUAAGAGAUUUCAGAUUUUAGUGUUGAAAUCAAAACUCUCUGGAUAUAAGUACUAAACUUAAAGAAUCUCCCGGAAUAUUAGAUAAUAGUAAAAUAAUCGGCUAUAUAUGUUGAAAUUAUAUUAUCACAUUUUUCUAUUUUAAGCUUAAAAAUUUAGUGUGGGUACAAACUCCUCUUUUCAUUUUUUAUAUUAUUAUUCCAAUAUAAAAUUACGUGUUGUAAAUGUUUUUUAUGCUCAGAACUUAGAAAUUGGUAAUAACUGAUUACAUACUAGUAAUUUAUCUAAGAAAGUCGUUAAGUUGACUGACAGACGAGAUAUGACCAAAAUGAUAACAUGAAACACUGAUUUUCUAACAAUACCUUUUUGUUUUGCUCUAUUCGCGUUGAAUUUCACAAGUAGAUCUUAACAUUCACAUUUUGUUCACUUAUUGAUUGUUUGAUUAUACAUUUUGUACAUGUUUUAUCCGAUUUGAUUUGAUUGAAUAUUGUUGCUUUCUGUUGACAUUUCCCGCUGUUCAUUACAAGGUAUGAAAUGAUAAUACAUGUAUUUCAAAAAGAAAUAUAAUUACAUAUAUUAAAUAAUAUGUCUUUUAGUGGUCAAAAUGAUAGCAUUGUUUUCAUUACUUUAUUUUUAAAAUGUGUUGAACAAAAUAUUUUAAAAUUUCCAACAUUUGAAAAAUACUUGAACCGAAUACACCUUGUUCUUUGUUUGUUUGUUGUUUUUAGCAAACCUGAGCAUAUGCUCAGGGUGAGCUAUUAGAAUCACUCUUCGUCCGUCGUCUGUCGUCCGUCGUCCGUUGCCCGUUCACACUUUUAAAACGACAUCUCCUCUGAAACCAUAAAGCAGAUCAUAAUGAAACUUCACAGGGAUGUUCCUUGUGUGAAGCCUUAACAAAGUUGUUCAAAGAAUUCCAUUCCAUGCAGAACUCUGGUUGCCAUGGCAACCAAAAGAAAAAAACUUUAAAUAUCUUCUUCUAAAAAACCCAAAGAGCUAGAGCUUAGAUAUUUGGCAUGAAACAUCUUCUAGUGAGUGUCUACCAAGUUUGUUCAAAUAAAAGCCCUGGGGUCAAAAUUGGCCCCGCCCCAGGGGUUCAUUGAUUUUCCCUAUCUGUAUAUAGUAAAAACUUAAAAAAUCUUCUUUUAAAGAACCCAAAGAGCUAGAGCUAAGAUAUUUAGCAUGAAACAUCUUCUAAUGGGUGUCUAUAAAGUUUGUUCAAAUAAAAGCCCUGGGGUCAAAAUUGGUCCCGCCCCAGGGGGUCAUUGAUUUUUCCUAUAUGCAUAAAGUAAAAACUUAAAAAUCUUCUUUUAAAGAACCCAAAGAGCUAGAGCUAAGAUAUUUAGCAUGAAUAUGUUCUAAUGGAUGUCUACCAAUUUUGUUCAAAUAAGAGCCCUACGGUCAAAAUUGGCCCCGCCCCGGGGGACACUGAUUUUCCUUAUAUGUGUAUACAGCAAAAACUUAAAAAUCUCUUUCGAAAAAACCCGAAUAGCUAGAGUGUAGAUAUUAAGCAGGAAACAUCUCCUAGUAAGUGCCUACAAAGAUUGUUCAAAUAAAAGCCCUGGGGUCAAAACUGGCCAUGCCCCAGGGGUGUCAUUGUUUUUAAAUAUAUGUGUAAAGAAAAAAACUUUAAAAAUUUCUAUUAAAAAAAUCCAACGUGCUAGACCUUUGAUGUCUAGCAUGAAACAUCUUCUAAUGGGUGUCUACCAAGUUUGUUCAAAUAAAAGCCAUGGGGUUUAAACUGGCCCCGCUCCGGGGGACCUGAAUAUACAGGUGAGCGACUUCAGGACCAUCAUGGCCCUCUUGUUUUUAGGUUCUUUUUGUGGGGGGGGACAAA